UUUCGGUUGAUGCGGCGUGUGUGUUUGUAUGUGUGUUUUCUGAGUUCCCCCGAGGCCGUUUCCCUCGAUUGGAACAGAUUGGGUUUGGCUGCUUGGACCAAACCACCCUACACACCCAAACGUCGAGGAUGCAUUCCCGGCAACCCGGUGUGCCAUCGUGGCGAACAACAGAAAAGAAGAAAAGGAAAGAAGAAAAAAGAAGAAAAAAAAUCCGCGGCACGAUAUCAGAACUGAGGCGCUUCGCGCGUCAUCUGGCUCGCGAUACAGGACUCAGGUCGCGCUUCUUCCAAACAUAUCCUUACUUCACAAAUAGCCCUGACGCUGCCCCCCUCGCCGUCCGUGGCGCCGCGCCUGGUCGUGCUUGCGUGCAGGGGGGGAUUCCUCCGUCGUCCGAAAACAACGUCUCAUUUUAUUUCUUCGUCUUCUCCUCCUCCCCGGGUUAUCGUGGGUUGGCCGGUUGCCGUAUAUCCGCGAGGGUUUCGUCGCAUCAGUGGCCCGUUCGGAACACCGCUACCGGGCGCCAAGAUGGGAGUCAUCAGACGGGCUCCUCCCUAUCCCCUCUUAGUCGGAGACUUUUACCUCUGGCCAGGCUCCGCAUGUCAAUCGGACUACGCGGGUUAUCCGGGCAAACGGUCACGCAGCCUUUCGCCCUCAACGUUAGUCUCGUCGUUGGCGCUGCUCGUCCGCGGCGGCGCUGAACCAACACAGCUCGACCCGAAACCUUGGGCCCCGAAGCAUCGCUUCUGGCCUCGCCC